AUGGCGCGUCCACAUCUGCCGCUGGCGAUGGGCUUGGCGCUGCUCGCGCUCUGCCUCCUGACGCUGUCCCCCGACGCCCGCGCUGAGUUUCGGGGCCGCAGGACCGGGGAACGCAAGGACCUGUCCCCCAAUGACCCGCAGGUGCAGAAGGCGGCGCAGAUGGCGGUGGCCAACUACAACAUGGGCAGCAAUAGCCUCUACUACUACCGAGACACGCACAUCGUCAAGGCGCAGAGUCAGAUGGUGGCUGGUGUCAAGUACUAUCUGACAGUGGACAUGGAGAGCACAGCAUGCAGGAAGACCAGGGUCUCUGGAGAUGGUUCUGGAGAUGGUGUGGACCUCACCACCUGCCCUCUGGCCACAGGAGUGCAGCAGGAGAAGCUGCGCUGUGACUUUGAGAUCCUUGAAAUCCCCUGGAAGAACUCCUCUCAGCUUCUAAAGCAUGACUGUGUGCAGCUAUAAUAGGCCCCCAGCAUGGCAGAAGCAGGAGUGGGAA